AUGAACCCCCAGCAACCUUACCUAAACUCCAAAACAUUUUUAAACUCGUUGGCAGUCAACGACAACAACUCUUCUCAACUUAAAACAUGCUCUCCAGACUUCAAGAGCACAAUUCCGUCAGACAAACCUCUCUUCAGAAGAACUUCUCCCAGGUUGCAUUCUCAAGAGUUGCCGCAAACACAAUCUAGAGAGAGGAUAGUUAACGAGGAACAAAGAGACUUCGAGGAAGAAAAGACAAAAGAAGAUCAGAUACCCAUGUUUCCUGCUAGCUUCAACCCCAGAAGAGCUUCAAACAUGCCUGCUAGGGAAAAAGUCCAAAACUGGAUGAAAGAUAUUCCUUUCCACUACAGCACAGACAAUGCAAUGGUGUACAUUGACUGCUUCCCUGCUGUAGCCAGCUAUUCAAGCUCGGAAAGUGGAUCUCAACAGGAACUCACAGACACCGAUCAGAUUCUUGAACUACAAGCCAGAAGAUUGACACGAUAUGCCACCAGAAACUAUAUUAACGAUUCUGAACCCAUUGCUCAUGCAGAAGGAGACUCUUAUGACGACAUCGACGAAUGCUACUACGAGAGCGAUGGCAAU